UCGAUGGGUCGCGGCUGGGGGCCAGACUGAGGGAGUGGAGCGGCGGAGCGCAUCGAUCGAGGCGGGGAGGAGAGGACAAGGCCCGAGAUGAGCCUGAGCCUGGCGGAGACGCGGCCGCCCCGGAACAAUGCCGGCACCCGCAUGUGGAGGCUGCUGCAGGCCGAGGAGGAGGAUGACUUCUACAAGACCACGUAUGGCGGCUUCCAGGAGGAGUCCGGGGAUGAGGAGUACAACACGGAGCAGUCUGAGAGCGAGGACGAGGUGGACUCGGACUUCGACAUCGACGAGGGCGAUGAGCCCGACAGCGGCCCCGAGGACGAGGAGCCACGGAGGAAGCGGCGAGUCAUCACCAAGGUGUACAAGGAACCGGUGAAGCCGACCCGCUCGAAGCCCAGGCCCAGGAAGCCCCCGGGAGGGGCCGGAGCGUCGGAGAAAACCUACGCGGACAAGGGGGAUCCGGCGGAGAUUCCCGACGAGUUUGGAGACUGUGAGGAUCCGUCGAGCGGCGCGCGGGAAUGCGGGCAACGGCCUGGUCACACGCAGCGUAGAGAGCAUGGUUCCACUCGUGAGAGAGUCUAGAGUCUAGGACUAGAG